AUGCGUACACUGUCAUCACCGCUGCAGCGGCCUGCGACUGCUGUGUCACCCUCACCCGCCACACCGCCGCCUGACUCUCCUGUACCGCCCGCAUCCCGCACUCCCUAUCUGCUCCACGCCCGGCUCCGACAUCGCACCUCCCUGGUGACCGCGGAAACGCCAGUGCUCGCCGUCUGCAAGCCUGGAGCCGGACUGUUGGGUGUGGUUGAGGGGAGUCAACCUCCUCCCCGGGAAGCUGUAGCGUGUAAGGUGUCUGUGCUGCUGGAUUUCAACGCCAUCGUUAGGCGACACUUCACUCGCCAUGGCCAGCACCUGACUAUGAGGGGAAUGCGGCUGCUUGCCGAACUGGUGGUGGCCGGCCUGAAGAAGGCUAGCUUAGUCACUGCUGACCGGUCACCAUCACCACCACCGCCAUCACCACUAACGUCUUCAUCGCCACCCCCAACAUCUCCAUCACCACCACCUCAGCCUCCAUCGCUGCCGCCGCCGCCGUUACUGCUGGUACCAGCAUCUGCUACCGAUGUUGAAUCUCCGGAAUUCGCCGUCACGGAGUCGGCUGUCGACGUCGCGGUCUCCUGUGUGCCGCUUAGUCCUGAUGGGCCUUGGACGCUGCCUUACAACAGCUACGCGGAGGCAGUAAAAUCUCCACCUUUGAUGACCAAUGGACGCUCUGUAGAUGCUUUUGCAACCUGGAAUUGA